AUGGGCAUCUACUACGGGAAUGUCUGGGAAUCAAUCAAGUUUCCCCUCCUGUCGCAGUUGCUCUACCACGGCUCGUCAAACGCGACCAACUUCGUGCAGUACAACCUCACCGCCAUUCUCAACUCUGACAACACCAUCAACAGCACUCUGGUUGCUGAGCAGGGGCUUCCUUACCUAUCGGGCUCAUACGUGCUCCGCCUCAUCACUACCAAUGUUGGCAUCACCGCUGCCAUCGUCCACUUGCUGCUGUGGAAUUACAACGACCUCAAAGACGGCUGGGCGUUUUUGCGGCCAUCUAGCUUACGAAAGCUCUUCCAGGCCUCGACAUACUUCUCCUGGAGGAGGUAUGGCUCCGGGGACGAGGCGGCGCGACGACAAAGGGUGAUUGACGACAAGGACAUAGAUCCGCACUACAAGUUGAUGAUGCAAAACGGGUACGUCGAGGUACCAAACUGGUGGUAUGGGCUCGUACUCGUGCUGUCUUUUGCUAUCGGCAUCAUCACACUUUACAAGAUCGGCUCAACGCUGCCCUGGUGGGCAUUCUUCGUAUCCAAUCUCUUCUCGGCUCACUUCAUCCUCUUUUUCGGUGCCCAAAUGGGUCUGACCGGGUUUCAAUUCGACCAGCAGCCCGUUAUUUUGAUGCUAGGCGGUUAUCUACUGCCGGGGAAGCCGCUUGCAAACAUGUACUUUACCGUGUUCGGCUUCAACGGCAUCCAGCAAGGCCAGUGGCUUCUGAGGGAUCUGAAGCUGGCCCAGUUGGCCCAUCUGCCGCCGAAGGCGACAUUUGCGGCCCAAAUGCUCGGUACCGUCAUAGGGGCCAUCAUGGACUACGUGAUAAUGGUCAGCAUUGUAGAUAAUCAGACGCCAGCGCUUCUGUCCAAAAACGGCACAAACGUCUGGUCUGGCCAGAAUGUGCAGGCAUACAGCACUCUCGCUGUAGCGCGGUCGAUGGCAAAGGACAUGUUUUCGGUAGGAAGCCGCUAUCAAUGGGUCAUUCUCUCAUACUUGAUCGGAUUUCUGGCACCUCUUGUUAGGACUGGGUUGUAA